CGACGUCAGGCCUUUGCCAUGACCAUGAUAAUUCUUUGGAGGCCAUGCUUGAAGCCGAUCUUCUACCGGACAGGCUGGGAGCAGAGUGAUGCAAUCGACAUAUUUCAAAACAUAUUGGCCCAUGUUUUGGGUCCAAAAAGGAAUGCGAAGGAAUGAGGAUUGAGAUCAAAUUCGAGCAACUCUCGCAGCCUCCCCGUUCGUGACUAUACUGGUGGGCUUGUCGUAUGAAUGGCCCACAUAAGCAAAGCCUUGGUGUGCGUAAGGUUGCGUAAGGUUUUUGUGAGAGAUAGCUAGGAGUUGCACAAGCUGCGUAAGCAAGCCCAAGUUUCAGCAUACAUUGUGCGAAAGCCAGCCGAUAGGCUAGGCUGAAGUUGCUCCUGCGAAUUAAGUGAGUACUGGAGGUGUGGGGGGGAGAGCGGGUCAAAGUUGCGCUUUGCAGCAUCAUGGCCUGUUUUACAUUUUUUGGAGAGGCUAAUUUUGGGAUAUUUUGGGCAGUUGGUGAUGCAAAAGGUGCAACGUGAAGUUGCUGCUGCAUCAAUCGCAUCACCAAGUUGUAUGGGGCUACUUCCAUCGUCAACAAGGCCUGAUGACGGAUCCGGCCAAUUUGGUCAACAACUUCACUCGACUCACAUACAGUGCAGAGGCCUUCAAUGAUGAUGGAGGCUACGCCACCUCCUGUGCCAUUUGCUUGGCGGAUUUCGAAGAGCAAGACCACAUCGUUUUGGCUCCAUGCGCCACUGCGAAACACGUGUUUCAUAGGUCUUGUCUGGCGAGCUGGUUUCAAACCGCCCAGACCUGCCCGCUUUGCCGCAGCCAUUUGCACUCACAGACCGCGACCUUGCCCUCGUCAUCGCAACGAGAGGUGCCCCUCACUGCCUAAAAGUAUAAGAAUGAAACAUAC